AUGACAAGUCGUCUCGCGCCAGUAGCUCGCCGCCUCUUCAGCGCUACACAGAUUUCUAGAAGCCUCACCAGGGCAGAAGUACCAGGAGAACAAAUAGACGCAAAAAGAGCUCGUCUUCUAUACCAGAGCAAAAAGCGUGGAAUUCUGGAGAAUGACAUCCUCCUGGGCGAUUUUGCAGAAGGAAACCUGAAAAAGAUGAACGAAACAGAGUUGAAAGCGUACGACAAACUGAUCAACGGCGAGCACAUGGAAUGGGACCUCUUCUAUUAUUUAUCAAACAAAAAGACUCCUCCAGAAGACGUCGAGAGUUGUCAAGUUUACCAGAAAGUUAAAAAAUUCGUCGAUGAGAAGAGAGUACCAAAGUCUUCAUAA